AUUACAAAUUCCAUGACAAACAACCCGUCAGUUGGGUUUUGGAAAAAAACCUGGGCAAAUAUUAAGAAAAUCUCUCUAAAAAAAUCUUAUGGUAAUUCCGAAGUAAAGGUCCGUCAAACGAAAUCCCAACAAAAGAGUAUGUCAGUAUGGAAUUUUUGCAAACAACACAUAAAAAGAAAGUUUGAACUGUGUUUAUGCUGUGUCAAAUCUACUCCUGACGAAUUAGAUGAAGAGGAAGUCUAUGAACCUCUUCAACAUUUUGUAAAUCCACAAAUUUGUAAAGAGUUAAAUACACAUGGAGUACUGCUUUCUGACGUUUUGAAAAACGCAAUACUUCAAUUAACGUUGAAUAAUUUUUAUAAUGGUUAUCUUUUUUUCUCAAACGAAAUCCGUCAUAAAGAAAAAAUUUACAAUUUAGUUGUCAACGUUUUUUUAUGGAAAAUAAAGCUAAAUUAUGUGCCAACAAUCGGAUACACAAAUAAAAUUGUGAAAACGCCACAAAACAAUGACUCUGGUGUUAAAAAACAUGUUACAGUGUUGAAAAAGAAAACUCUCCUUACUUUUCCAACGAUAAGUCGUGUGUCGCAAGUGGGCCGCGGUCUAAAAAACCAAGGCGCCACCUGCUACUUGAAUGCUUAUAUCCAAGUGUUGUUUCACACACCGGAAUUCCGGAACGUCAUUUUGAACAUGGCUCAUGAUCGUUGUACCGGUGACGACAUAAGCUACAACGUUGGACAACAGCUCCGGAAUCUUUUUCUUAGAUUACUUGAAAGAAAAACAUCAGCAGUAGAAACAAACGAGCUAACCAAUAGUUUUGGUUGGACGCAAAAGUACUUAAAAAUUCAACAAGACGCUCAAGAGUUUAGCCGGUAUCUCUUGGGAGUUUUAAGCAAACAGUUGCAAACUUCCACGUCCUCCAAUAGCAUUGAAGAUUUCUUUCAAGGUAUUCAGACUGACUAUAUCACGUGUACCAUGUGUAACAAUACUGUGGAAAAGUUUUCCACAUUUUUGGAUAUAUCGUUACCGAUCCGUCCGUUUGGUGCCACUAGAUCAUAUGGUUCAUUGGAAAGUGCUAUUGACGGUAGCUUACAGCCAGAGUUUUUAGAAGGAGAAAAUGCGUACUUUUGUGGGUUUUGUGAAAAAAAGUGCUUUGCAAUUAAAGGUUAUCGGUGGACAAAAUUGCCAUUAGUUUUGUGCUUCCACUUGGGUCGGACCAUAUUAGACAUGAAAACUUUGAGAACAAAAAAAAUAAAUGAUAGAGUAACGUUUCCAUUUUUCUUGAAAAUGCCGUUCGAAGAUCAAACUAUGAUUUAUGAACUAUAUAGUGUAAUUGUUCAUAGAGGGUCGGCAAAUUUCGGACACUAUUUUGCUUAUGUAAAAGUAUUAAAAACAAAUAAAUGGUUCGAGUUUAAUGACCACGUCGUGUCUCGAGUCAAUCCAGGAGUAAUUAAAAGUACAUUUGGCGGUAAGGCCAACGCUUACAUGCUUUUUUAUCGACUCCUUGAUAAGAGCAACAAAUAAGAUGGGUACACUAUGGCAGAUAUUCGGACGCAUUAGAAAUACUGCAAAAAUUUAUUAUAAGUGCUAUUUUAUCAUUUUCAAUAAUUAUAAAUCUUGUUUUAAAAAGUAUAAUUGAAUGAGGUUUCUCCAAUAGAAAACUUAUGCCUCGGCCUACUCCAAUAAAAAGUUUCGUGAAUGAUUUUCAUGAAUUAUACUUAGAAAUUAAAUUUGAUAUGUCAAACGUGAUCAUAAUGCUACGUCUGCAGAUGGUUAGUAGAUUUUUAAAAAGUAAUUAAUACACAUUUUUUUAUUUGUGUAGGUAUAUAAUCAAAAGAUUUUAUAAGUAGUUAUAUAAUAUUGUAUUUUGUUACAUCAUACAUUGGGAUAAUAGUCACAUUAAUCAAAGAGGGUUUUUUAAAAACUGCUCAAGUAUUUUAGCACAGAGAAGACUAGAAUGGCCACACACAUAAUAUUUCAGCUAAAGCUAUAGAUAAAGUAUACACACAGUUUGAAAAUUCAGAUAAAUUAUGAUAAUGUACAUAGAUAAUGAUUCUAAUUUUGGAAUAUUUAAAGUAGGAUCUUUUUAAAAUGAAUAUGAUUAAUAACUAUAAAGGUAUUCAUGUUGGUUUGCUCACAUUUUAAAUUUAUGUAACAUUUAUCAUGUGGUCAUGUACUUGCUGAUGACUCUAAAAAAGUUUCGUAAAUUGCUACUUACUAGAAAACCAUCCAAAAUCAAAUUUGCCAAGUCAACUGCAUUGUGAAACAAACAGGGGUAUUCGACCAAGGUAGCAGAUUUAAUCAAAUAAAAUCUUGGUGUUUAUUUAAUAACACCCAACGAGACACGUUGGAAUUAAUUUUGUGAUGCAGUUUUGUUGUUUACUAAAUAAAUUAAAAAUUAUGUGUUUAAAUAUAAAAUUAAUAUGGAAGACAAAUUAUUCAAAAUUUUAUAGUUGGGACAUUGAAUUUAUAAAAAAAUUAAUAGAAGCCUUUACAUUUAGUCUAAAUUUACUAAAGAGUUAUAAUAACUAAUAUUUUAGUAAUCUCUUACUUAUUAUUGAAAAGUUAAAAAUAUGAAGCAAUGCUACAAGAUCACACAAUUCUUAAUUAUAUGUAAGCUCUGGUAAUUGCUAUACUAAAAGAUGUGUUAAUGACGACUAAGAGGCUCUCAUGAGAUAAUUGUUCAACACUUUGUUCAUUUUAUAAAAAAAAGUUGUAAUUUCAGAAUAUUUUUGAUUUGACAUAUUUCAUUUGUUGAUUUUGGCACUUACAUAUUAAGACAAAUGACUAUAUAAAUACCAAAAAAAUGAUCUCAUUACUCUUUAUUAUUUCAUUGCUGCAUUGAAUAUUAAUUAAAUUUACGUCAUUAUUGUUGCUGCCUACUAAAUCCCAUUAAUA